AACCAGAUAGUCAAAGACUCAGCCUAGUCCUACUCAGGUCGGGUUUCUGUGAAAAUUUUGUUUGUUCAGGUUGGAAACUUAAGCAACACGAAAUAUUGGUUUGGGAUUAAGGGGCGAGUUUGGAAUGAUUUUGAAGAGUGUGGUCUUAAGUGAAAGAAGCACGAAUUGAGCAUCUCGGAGUUUGAGCAUCAGAUAUUCCUUUUAAGCUAAGAUGGACAAGAUGAAGAUAGAAGAGGUUCAAUCAACCUCUAAGAAGCAACGGGUAGCCACUCACACUCACAUUAAAGGACUUGGUCUUGAGGCAUCAGGCAAGGCAUUGCCACUAGCUUCAGGUUUUGUGGGUCAAUCAGAAGCAAGAGAAGCAGCAGGGCUAGUUAUUGAUAUGAUACGACAGAAGAAAAUGGCUGGCCGAGCACUUCUUCUAGCUGGACCUCCUGGUACUGGAAAGACUGCACUUGCACUUGGAAUAUCACAGGAGCUAGGAAGCAAGGUUCCCUUUUGUCCAAUGGUUGGGUCUGAAGUAUACUCAUCCGAAGUGAAGAAAACCGAGGUUUUGAUGGAAAAUUUCAGACGAUCUAUUGGUCUACGUAUCAAGGAGAAGAAAGAGGUCUAUGAGGGAGAGGUGACUGAACUUUCACCAGAAGAAACAGAGAGCAUGACUGGUGGCUAUGGUAAAAGCAUAAACCAUGUUAUCAUUGGUUUAAAGACUAUUAAAGGAACAAAGCAAUUAAAAUUGGAUCCGACCAUCUAUGAUGCCUUAAUUAAAGAGAAGGUAGCUGUUGGUGAUGUUAUAUAUAUAGAAGCAAAUAGUGGAGCUGUGAAAAGGGUGGGUAGAAGUGAUGCUUUUGCUACAGAGUUUGAUCUUGAAGCUGAAGAAUAUGUUCCACUUCCUAAAGGGGAAGUUCACAAGAGGAAAGAAAUAGUCCAGGAUGUGACUCUACAUGAUCUAGAUGCUGCCAAUGCUCGGCCUCAAGGUGGACAAGAUAUACUAUCUCUAAUGGGUCAGAUGAUGAAGCCAAGGAAGACGGAAAUCACAGACAAGUUGCGGCAAGAAGUAAAUAAGGUGGUUAACCGAUAUAUUGACGAAGGUAUAGCAGAACUUGUCCCGGGAGUUCUAUUCGUUGAUGAGGUGCAUAUGCUGGAUAUGGAGUGCUUUUCGUACUUAAAUCGAGCUUUAGAGAGCUCACUCUCCCCGAUAGUGAUCUUUGCUACAAACAGAGGAAUCUGCAAUGUGCGAGGGACUGAUAUGAAUAGCCCUCAUGGAAUACCUGUCGACUUGUUAGACCGAUUGGUGAUCAUCCGAACACAAACGUAUGGCCCUGCUGGGAUGAUUCAGAUAUUAGCCAUUCGGGCACAGGUGGAAGAAUUGGUUGUAGAUGAAGAAAGUUUAGCUUUCCUUGGGGAGAUUGGCCAGAGAACAUCUUUAAGACAUGCGGUUCAGUUGCUAUCGCCUGCUAGCAUCGUGGCGAAAAUGAAUGGUCGUGAAAGCAUAUGCAAGGGAGAUCUCAAAGAAGUUUGUGCGCUCUAUCUGGACGCCAAGUCUUCGGCAAGGCUUCUUCAAGAACAGCAAGAAAAGUACAUUUCUUGAUUUGUUUCGAUGUGGGACUCCAUUUUUAACCAUUUCCCACCCAUACUUCAUUUACAGGCUUUCUUUCUUUCAA